CCUGUGAUCUCACUAGCGACACACGCUCUCUACACACAUUAUCAAAACUUUAAACAUGUCUAUCUACGCCAACAACGAGUACAUCAUCGCCACAAACAACUCGAUCAACGAGAAUAGAUACAACACUGAAAAGAUGAAGAACAGCGGUAUCAAGGCUUUACUGCGACCGCUCAUGAAAAUCAUCAAAAAGUCGACGAAGCGCGUUCCCGCCAAGUCGUUCGAGGCGAUUGACACGUGCUACGAAGACGAACAGAACUCGUGCAACGAACAACUCGAGCGCAAGAUCUACGACGAGCUGGAGACGUGCCAGCCCGGCGCCGCCUUCCUCGUGUACAACCAGGACGAGUCGUGCGACCUCGUGCCCGUCACCACUGAUAACUUCUACGUACCGGUGCACUUCGCACGCACCGACGCCGGCACCUUCUUCUGGACGACGGUGUCCAAAACCGAAGCUGACUUCGCAGCCGCCCACUGCUACACGGAGUGCCAAACCGCGGAGCAGCAGUACCCCGCCUUCCAGGACCGCUGGGUACAAGCCUGAAUCAACAUUCACCACGAAAAUCAGUGUCUUCCGUGAAACCAGUGCUCGCUCCGUUGGUUUCUGCAAUCAUCUGUGAUGUUAGCUUUAAUGUUAGGUAGUUCAAAGGUGCCAUAUAGGAUUAAGGUAGGAUUAGGCCUGCUCAAUACUCGUGAUAACUCCUCGAAAGCUUUAAUAGUAGUUUCAAUGUUUGUGAUAUUUUGAAAUUAUUUUUGUAUUGUAUAACGUAAUGUUAGGUAUAGGGCUUAGUAUUGUGAUCUUCCUGAUGAGCUUUAAUUAUUUUAGAUGUAGUAAUUUAUUAUUGUAUGAAUGAAUGAAUGAAAAAAAUGAAAUAAAUUAAGAUUUAAAUGUA